GUUGAGUGGUGACCCCCUGAGUGAACACCCCAUCGGCGGGAGUCCGCCCAGAGACGGAGACCCGCACUCAAGUGCAGCAUCGGAAGACCCAGCGGAGGUGCUGGCCACACCAAGCCGUCACCCAGAGCAGUGCCUGUCCUUGAGAGCUAGUUCCCGAAAAUCAUCUACAAUUUCAACUCCUGGAAAGAAAGACAUGACAAACCCUGUGCACAUAGAACUCAAAUAACAUCCAGGUGGGCACUACUCCGUGCAUCUGAGGACAGAAGCACCUGGAAGGCGCCUGGCGGAACUAGAGAGCAGCUUCUUCCAGCUGGACCGGCAAGACCCUGUGACCUUUGGGGACCAGCAGAGCAGAGGCCAAGCAGAAGGAUAAUCCUGGGCUCUGAAGCCAGGCUUCCACGAGGCACAGCAUUGGGCACGCAGGUGAGAAUCCACCAGACCUCGGCGCCUCAGGCUGUGUCAGAGACUGCAACAGUCAGCACACAUUCCUGUCUGAUCAGGCUCCCUCCCUCAAGUCCUCUGCGAUGGCUCUGGCAAUGCUUCGGGACUGGUGCAGGUGGAUGGGUGCGAACGCAGAGCGCUCCCUGCUCAUCCUGGGUAUCCCUGAUGACUGCAAGGAACAUGAGUUCCAGGAGGCCAUGCGGGCUGCCCUGUCGCCCCUGGGCAGGUACCGAGUACUCACCAAGCACUUCAGAAAGGAGCUCGGGGCCAAGGCAGCCUUGGUGGAGUUCGCUGAGUAUUUAAACCGAAGCUUGAUUCCCCAUCAAAUAUCAGGCAAUGGGGGGCCCUGGAAAGUGAUUUUCCUGCCCCAAGUACCUGAUGUUGAGUUUCAGGAUAUGCCCAGUUUUCCUGCACAGCCCCAGGGUCAAGCAGUAGCAAAAGCUGCAGGUAAGGCAGGAGGCGCAGGUGAUGCAGGAGGCGCAGGUGAUGCAGGAGGCGCAGGUGAGGCAGGAGGUGCAGGUGAGGGAGGAGCAGCAGGUGAGGCAGGAGCAGCAGGUGAGGCAGGAGACGCAGGUUUGGCAGGAGGCGCAGGUGAGGCAGGAGGUGCAGGUGAGGCAGGAGCAGCAGGUGAGGGAGGAGCAGCAGGUGAGGCAGGAGGCGCAGGUGAGGGAGGAGCAGCAGGUGAGGCAGGAGCAGCAGGUGAGGCAGGAGGCGCAGGUGAGGGAGGAGCAGCAGGUGAGGGAGGAGCAGCAGGUGAGGGAGGAGCAGCAGGUGAGGCAGGAGGCGCAGGUGAGGGAGGAGCAGCAGGUGAGGCAGGAGGCGCAGGUGAGGCAGGAGGCGCACGUGAGGGAGGAGCAGCACAUGAGGCAGGAGGCACAGGUGAGGGAGGAGCUGAAGAUGAGUUGAGAGUUGCAGAAGAGGCAAGAGAGUCAGAUGAGGGAGCCGCAGGUGAUACAGGAGCUGCAGGUGAGGCAGGAGCUGCGGGUGAGGCAGGAGCUGCGGGUGAGGCAGGAGCUGCGGGUGAGGCAGGAGCUGCAGGUGAGGCAGGAGCUGUGGGUGAGGCAGGAGGGACAAAUGUAACAAAAGCCUGGGUCCAGACUUGGCGCUGCACCCUGCAGGCUGUGCUGGAAAACAGGGCCUACCGGGAAUUGAGACCCUUUUCCGGGAGGGAGCAGCCAGGCUGCGAGGAAGAGUCCUUUGAGAGCUGGGUGGAGCACGCCAAGGAUAUGCUGCAGCUGUGGUACCAUGCAUCGGAAAGGGAGAAAAAGAGGUGGCUGCUGGAGAGCUUGGGUGGCCCGGCCCUGGAAGUCGUGAGCGGCCUCCUGGAGGAAGAUACCAACUUGUCCGCGCUGGACUGCCUGGCGGCACUGGGGCAGAUAUUUAGGAACCAGGACACUCGAAUGACUUCGAGGCUGAAGUUCCUGACCUGCACACAGGGGCCCCAGGAGGGGCUGUUUGCCUUCGUGGUGCGCCUGGAAGGCCUGCUGCAGAGGGCUGUGGAGAAGGGGGCCGUCUGCCCAGCCUUGGCCAAUUACCUGCGACUACAGCAGGUGCUGUUUCGGGCCCGCCCCAGCGAGGCACUCCGGGAUACCCUGAGAGGGAUGCAGCUGGAGAGGAGGCCACCUGGCUUCCUGAGGCUGCUCCGGCUCAUCCGGGAGAUGGAGGCGUGGGCAGCCUCCCCAGCGAGGAGCCAGCAGGGUGUGGCCUGGGCAGUGGCCCCAGUGGAGAGUGAAGACCCAGCUGCUGCCCAGGCCUCCCCAGCCCAGGGGGAUGCCAGCGAGGCUGGUCCCGGAGCAGAAGAUGCUGCUGAGGCUGCUUCUGCCACCAAAGAGGCUGCAAGGGGAGCCCCUGCCGCUGGGGAAGGUGAAAGUGCCCCUGCAGGCCCCAAAGGCCUAGGUCAGGCAAGGCCCAUAGAGGUCCCCUGGGGCUCCUCCCCAGCCCGGAUAAGCAGUGCUGUCUGGGUGUUCCCAGGAGGUCUUAGCUGGGGUCCGGAGGGCCUCAUCCAGGUGAGAGGCCAGGAAGCCAGGAAACCCCCACUGGAGGGGCUCCAGACCAUCUUGGAGGAGCCUGAAAACGAGGAUGAGGACGGGGCCGGGGAGGCGGGCCGGCCCAAGUCCUCCCAGGGCAAAUAGGCUCCUAGGGCCCCGGGGCCUUCUCUCCUCUCAGGCAGCAGUGCCUUGGAGGCAGAUGGAGGCCAGGCCAGGGCCAGUCCCUCACCCCACAUCAGGAGUAAGGGCCCCCACCUCCCCCAAGGGGCUCUGGCCACCACCCCCAUUCCUUCCCUGUGACCCAGAUGACCACGUUUGAUACAAAAUGGGGUGGGGAGAGGCGCCCGUCCCUCCUUCCCUUGCACCCAGCACACCCAGCCCCAGCCCCAAACCCUGCCACCAUGGGGGGCUGGCCUGGAGGGAGCCCUGAGUGGCCAGCUGUGGCCUGGGUGGGGGCACCUGAAGAUGUCUGCCCCCAUCCCAGGCCCUGAGUUGGGAGAGACAGGGGGAAAGAGGCCCUCUCAAGGUUGCCAGCUGCCUGGGUCUCUCAAGAGGGGUCAGCCCACUUGCCAUCUCCAGGGCAGGCUGCCCCCUGUUCCGGGAAGCUCACCCUCACCUGUGUGACCCACGCACCCAGCAGACGCCCACCCACUGCUAGCCAUCAUUCCUGCGAAAAGUCCUGUACUGUGCGCCCAUGCAGGCGGCCACCUCUGGGCCCGGGGCACUUGCUGUGAGCUUCCUGCGAGCCCAGGCUCUGCUCGCUGCUGUCCUGCAUUGUGAGCACCACCUCUGCUUUCCUGGCGUAGAUCUAGACCAGGGGCUGCUUGUUCUCGUGGAGCUGUGUGUGUUCUUCUCUGAGCAGCUUCUCCCUGGAGGCCCCCAGCGCAGUCCCAGGAGAUGGCGGGAAGGAGGUACCAGGGCAUGGCGGACGCUCACCCUGUGACCACGAUGGUGACCGUGACUGCGGGAAGAAGAACUGGACCCGGGGCAGAGUGGGACUGCGUGAGGCUCCACAGGGACUAUGCUUUGGCGUUUCACCCCUGUUGUUACUUGUGACUCAGUUUCCUCAGCCUGUUGGGGCGUUCCCUGGUGUUUCCCAGUGUUCUGUGACUGUCCUGUGAGGGCCGUAGGGAUGGGCUCAGGAGGGGGCUCCCUGAAGCCAGUGGACACUGCCAGAGUCCACUGUCCUGGCAAAAGGCAGACCCUGGGGCCCUCGGGAAGGAGGGAGGUGGCAGCGGGGGCAGCAGUGGGAGGGGGAGCAGAUGAGGCGCCUUGCCAGGAACCCAAGGAGGAGGGGGCCCGGGACCUGUGGCCUGUGGUGGCUGUUUGCAGUUUCUCUCUGUAUUGUGGUUUCCUUCUCUUCAAUAGUUUCAGUAUAUGUUUCUCUUCAAUAAAUUUCAUUCCGUGUUC